AUGCCGGCAUUCCAAGCAAUAAACCUCGAGCCGGAGGAUAAUAUCGAUGAGCAAAUCGACACCACCAAGGAGAUUCAUGUCGACGAAGCUCUCAAGCGCUUUCAACAUGCAUUGAAGCUCCAUGCCCAAGGCCCUCGAUCACGCGAAGCCGCCGAAUCCGCAUACAACGAACUCUUCAAAUCCGAAAUCUUCAAGUACCGGGAAGCGAAAACCGACUACGAACGAGCAGAGCGACAAGCAGACGGUCAACCAGACGUAUCCAACUUGGACCCCUCUCUCACAGAUGGGGGAUUAGAUGUGGACGCUGGAGGAGCAGAUGGUGUAGCAGCAAGUCUGGCCCAGGCACUCUACUUAUCAUACAAAAACUAUGGCCAAUUCUUUGUCGAUAAAUUUAAGGACGCAUCGACUUCAGACACAACAUGGAAGGAAAAAGCCCGACUGGAAUACCACUAUGAUGGACACAAGGUGUUGGAUAGUUGGAUGACUGCACUGGAUCAAGAUCCAUCAGAUCCAGAGCUCUGGAGAAAGACUGCUCGUUUCGCUGGCGCAAUCAACAGCAACCGCAUUAAGCGGUAUUGCCUUGAGGCUGCGAUUGAGUUGGACGACGAUCCUGCUGUAAUGGAACUCGACCCUCCAUCGUUGGCAGAGGGAAUGGCAGGUGAACAGUUGAAAGAUCAAUUGAAGCUCCUCAGCGACGAUAUGGCUUUGUCGCAUCCAAUCAUGGCGCCAUGGCUCAAGAAAAAGAUGCCUGCGCUCCUCAAGCGACACUUGGAUCCCAUUCCCUUUCUUCCCGACCCGACCAAAUCAUUGAUACCACCGAAGGUUUCUGCUACAGAGGACCAGACACAAGAAGAUACGGAAAUGGGCGACGCAGAUGACUCUAGCAUUGCGGAGCCAAAAUCUGUGUCAUCUUGGGCUGAACUUGGAGCGAAGCUCAUCAACUGCCUCGAGACUACAGCUGAAGCUUUUGAUGCAUGCGACGGAAUUAUUGAAAGUAGCCUGGAAGAUGUUCCAAUAGAUACACCUCCAAACGAAAUCGACAGCGUUGCGUCGGAAAUCGAGGUCGUAGUUCCAAAGCCUACUGAAACAGAGAAAUCACCAGAGAAUGAUACCACCCCGAAAGAGCAAAAGGCAGGGUCCGAAGCGACCGAAGAUAGCCAGAAAGCUGCGGACCAAUCCCAGAAAGAGUCGAAUGGAGCAUCAGCUAGAAAACGAUCGCAAUCUGCAGCAGGACUGCCAGAUGGUGCAGAAGAAGAAAAUGCGACGGAGAAACGCAGCAAGCGAGUUCGACGAAGAGAGACUCUCCAAGCUGAGGAAACGACAGACCCCAACACUUUAAUUGCUAAUCAACUACAGCCCUAUCAAGGAGCUGAUCAAAACCUCUUCCAAAUGACAAAGAGCGUCUUGGAACACCUGGGUGUAGAGGAUAAAUCAACCUUUGAUUUCAUCACUGAGCUCAUUGACUCAUGCGCCACUGAGGACCGGCCUGGAAAAAUUACAAAUCUUGCUGCAUGCGACCUGAGUAGUGUCAUUGUUAAUUUCCGUGACGAGGUUGCUAAGGUCUUCCUACACAAGAAUGAACAAGCCAGUCUCGGACCAUCUUCUUUCCUAGAGCACGCUAAAACGGGCUCGCAAGAUCAGCCUUCGAUGCCCUCUUUCAACGAAAAACAAGGUCUGAGAUCCUUUGCCAAAAAGAUGGCAGGCUGCAGGUCGUGGAUGACAACCGAAGAUGUUGCUUAUGAAUGGGUCAGAGCUGUUAGUCAAAGCUAUGCGACAGCGAAGUGGUCGGAUAAAAUGAAGCUAUCCGUGGUUCAGAUGCUCAACAAAGUCGACUCUGCGCUGUACCGGAAGAUCGCUGAGGAGAUGGACUUCGCUGCUGGCUCCGCUGAGAGGUUAGCAGAUUUGGAGACUAUCGUACCUAUGCUUUUCGAACUUCAUGUCGACAUCUAUGAACUUAUCACCAACCCUAGUAGCGUUGUGGAUUAUGCGACUCGAAUGGACACCAAAUAUCGGCUGGGACGGUGGCUUGACGUUGCCUCAGCUUACCUUCGACUGGUAGACCGGCCAGCAAACGAUCCUCUCAUAGCACGUUUCUUAUGGGCUUCAGUUCUUGUGUCUUCACACGCGGAACAGCCCCUACGCGAACACAUCCUCCUUAUGUGGACAUCUUUACGUGACCACCUUGCAGAUGAGAACGUCCCUGCCGUCUCACUUCCCAACAAUGUGGUUAUGCCGACAAUUUCUCCUGCUGCUGCUGAUCGUGAGAUUUCAAAAUUAACGACAAUGGACUUUUUUCUUGGACUAUUCCAAGAUAACAUGGACGAUCCAGUCUUUGUCAUUGACACACUGGAGCCUGUUCUCAACCCAUCUACAGUGUGCGCUCCCAACCAAGAAAUAGCUUCCGAGUCAGGUGAAGACAGCGACAGCAGUGACAAUAGCAGUGAUGAUAGUAGUGGUGAUACUGACGGAAGCGUUGAAAGCGACGACGCAAGCUCCAACGAGAAGCAAAAGAAGUCCAUGUCUGAUUGCGCAAGCCAAAGCCUGAAGGAUCUCUGGAAGUUCCUCCACAACAGCAGCACAGAGCUUAGGUUGUUUCUGUGGUCACGUCUGGGGGACGCCUACGAUGCUAUCAAAUACUCAACCAAGAAAUUCUCUUGCUGCCUCAAGAGUAUUGAGCUGAUCGUAUCAGACCUGGAGGGCGAUACCUAUACCAACACCCCACCUGAAUCUCGACGGUUGCUUUUCAUGCGUACUUUGAAGUCACUGGACGAGCUUUUGAUCACAGCUCUCGGUUCUGCGCUGAACGACAAUACAGCAUUCGAAAUUAUUGAUGAUGCCCACAUCAGAUCCACCUCAGCUGCUCUUGCCAAAGUCAACUGUUUACUACAUGUUGCAAGUUUGUGCGAGGAUGAGGUUCGAAUCGGUAUCAAGCCGGAAAAGACUGGAAAUGCCGCCUCUAAAGCUGCUUUCCAAUCACUGAAGAACAAGCUGAAGGAGAUGCAGAUACGCGCAUGGUGUCUCCAAUAUACAAUGUUCAAGGCUGGCAUUAAUAAGGAUAACUGUAUCAUCGGACCUGAGACCGACCUUGCUGAUUAUCUCGCUGCCAUCCAUCAAGUAAUUGGCAUUCGCAAAUUCUGCAAGGCUUCAAACAAGAUCUUCCUCAAGGUCAUGCGCGUUGAACUUCUCAAACUCAAGAAUAUUGAGAAUUGGGAAGAUUAUCUUGGCCAGGUUCUGUACGAUUUGCACGGUCUCAAGCUUGGUGCAGGUGUCUGGGAGGUUCAGGACCAUGCUUGUCCCCCUGAGAAACUUGAGAAACGGCAGACUAUGCAGCUCGUGGAGAGAGUUUGCAUUCUUGCCAACCGCAUACCCAUGAAGGACCUCCUCAAAUCAGACCUCAAGACAACGAUUGAUCACAUGCAGCAGACAAUUGGCCAGACGAAGUCAACACCGCAGAUGUAUCACAACCUGCGUAACUUUACCGAGUAUCUGAAAAAGCCAAUCCACCCCCUGCGUUUGUACCGCGCCCUUAUUGGGGAUGUUUCGGUAGACGCCGUGUCUGUCAAUACCCCCGAGACUGUUCUUGCGACACAUGGUUGGUUCUUCUUGUUGGGUAUGAUGGCAUUGACAAAGUUCAAGGGUGUUGAGUUGAAUCGUCGUCAGACCCCUGGUGCAACCGACGAUCUGCGCAUCGGCGCGACCUUCCUGCGGCUUCAACUUCAAUUCACUGCAGACAGAUGGGAUGCUUGGUUCCGCCUGGCGGAGUGUUUUGACUACGAGCUGGACGAGGCGGUCCUCUGGACUGCUGACAAGAUGAACAAGGAGCGCCCCGAACUAAUUAAAUUCCAGCGAAAUGCAAUCCAUUGCUACACACUCGCACUUUCACAUUCUCGUAAUGUGGACAUUGAAACCCACGAUGGAGAUCCUCUGCAUGAUCUUUACCAUAAGUUUGCCAUGAGGAUGUAUGCAUCAAGCCGAGAGCCUUUCGCCAUGGAGCCAUUUCAACAUUCUGAUCAGGAGAGAUACUUCAUCGAGGAUAUGGGCAUAGGGACUUUCAAGAGGAUUCUGCACUCCCAGAUGAAUGAGUACAAGGUCUGGAAAUUUGCGGCGAAACUUUUCAGGAUGGCCAUGGACCGCAAGCCAGACAACUGGAAGAACCCUUAUAUGCUUUCCAAGUGUUACUGGAAGAUGUACCAGACUCCCGAUGAUCAGCUCGACGUCAAGGAUGUGUACUCCAAGAUCAGCUUAGGCACGCUAAUCGACACUCUUAAGAAAGCCGUGCAGGUAGCACACAAUGCCCGAAGAGGGAGGAACACCGAUCCCAUUUUUGAACCGCACUACAAGAUCGUCUCUAUUCUCCACAAGUUGGUGAUGCGAGGUGAUGUGCCGGCAAAGGAGGCUGCUGAUAUCUUAUCCGCGCAGCCAUUCGGCCUAGAAGUCAACCCUGAUGAUCUUUUUGCUUCCUUCUCAGAUCCUGAAGACUGGGAAGAAUAUAUUAUUCGUAAUCUUACUAAGCUCAAGGAGAAGGAUAAGGCUAAUUGGCAACAUCGUAUCAUCAUCAGACACGCUAGGAUCCUGUUUGAAGAGGCCACCGAAACGCCAAGCGGCGAUAGACUCGUGGAAGCGAAGGCUGCAUUCGGUAUCCUCAGGGAUAGCAUGUUUACCAAGACUAUGGUCAUGAACGUAUGGAAGUGUGAUGCGGAGAGACCCGGUCGUCAUCAUGUAUACACAGAACAAUACGUGCGUUUUAUGACCAAGUUGCUGGUUAUUAUGAACGACCGGGGUAACUUGGAGCAGCUGUUGAGACGCCUCCGGAAGAAGGGUGCCGACUUUUACCAUUUCACGGAUCUCUGGCAAUCUUGCUGCAUGGCCUACCUCAAGCUCCUGCGCCAGGGCUAUAGUGUGUCGCCUGUCGUUGAUGACGCGUUCAAGGCACUGUCGAGCGAAGAGUUCGAGGUUGUGGGCGAGAGGAUUGCCGAUUGGGCUGCAAGCGAUGGUGCUGAUGUUCCGCUUUUCAACUGCAUGAAAGAAACAAUCGAGCUGAAAAAGCUUAAUGCUAAUCUUAUGAAAGUGGCACCUAUCGACGACCUUCUUAACGAUUGCUACUCUAGAAUCUAUUCCGAGAUAGCUAAGACUCUGCCUGGACCAGACCCCAGCAAAGUUGUGGAGGAGCGACAUCAUGCCAAGGAGGUUGCAGCUCAACUCGAGGCGGCACAGGCAGAGACUAAAGUCACGAGCUCUCUCGCCAGUAUUCUCAAUGCCCCCAACGGACAGGAGAGCAUCACAGGCACAGCGACUCCCAUGGAGACAGAGAAACAAGAGGCUGCGCCACGCCCCAGGAAAACUGGCGUUAGACGGCCAGACGUACUGCGAAAGGCUGAGCAAGCGGUUGUGAGAGCUCUGGAGGCACCCAAGUCAAGCAAGAGUCGUGUGGGCAGCGUUUCAAGUGGCAAGCGUGGCAGCCGUACGCCCAAUCAACGUGCAAGCGAUGCUGGUAGUGAGGAGGAGGGAGCCGAUACGCAGCUCCAGCGUGAAGCUGGCCAUGACGUUGAUGUGGAUAUGAAAGAUGCUGGCGAUGAGAAUGAGGAAGAUCAUGGAGAAGAGGAGCAUGAUGAAGAGCACGAAGAUGAACAAGAUGAGGAGCAUGACGAGGCUGCUGAAGAUGAGAAUGCUGAAGAACAUGGCGCUGAAGAAAAGGCCGACAGUAGUAUUGACGACUCGGCCGAUGACGAGAGCGACCUCAGUGACGUACCCGACGACUACGAUGAUGAAGUGCCCCCAGGACUUAGGUUCUCUAACCUUGAGCACCAGUCAGCGGAGUCCAGCGGAGAAGAUGCCGAUAGCGAAAGCGAAGGAGACGACGAAGCUGAGGAGAGCGACGGCGAAGAAGAGGCCGAAGAGGUAGCCGACGGUGAAGAAACAUUAGGCCCCGAGGACACAGAGUUGGUGGAUGACGAUGAUGAGGAAGAUGAGGAGCAGCCCAGAAGAUCGGGUAGCUGGGCAGCGAAUGAUUCUAUACAGGCUGUGGUCUGGUGA